GCUAGCCAGCUGUUAGCAUGUGGUUGUUGUUGUUGGUGGAAGACAGCCUCUCAGUCCGCAUGAACAGUGCAAUUUAAGCCCGUCCGACCUCCUGAAGAGCCAAAAGGACAGAACCUAAACCCAGAAUGUGCUCUGUCGACGGUUGUGAUUCGUUUCGCCGAAAUGCGAAGCGUUUUAAGUUACCAGAGGACCCGGAGGAGAGACUGGAGUGGGUCCAGUUUGUUCUGGAAGUCAACGGACAGCGACUGAAAGAAUCCUCCUGGACUGAUAUCACCAUCUGUAGUGAACAUUUUACUAAUGACUGCUUUGUAGACCAGAGUUUACAGCUGAGGUCCGGUUCUGUCCCAUCACUGUGUGUCAAGUCAGAGUCAGAGGAAGCUCAGGAGAACCUGCAGCGUGUGGAGUCUGUGGAAAAUACAGAUGCUGCUUGUCAGUGCGAUGAUCUGGAAACAUCCGGGAGCCCAACUUCCUGCCCAGAAAAAUCUGAAUGUACUUUAAAAGAUGCUGCCUCUUCUGGAUCCUACCACACACAGCAAGAAGUUCUGAAUACGAAUUCAAAUGAAGGAAGAGCUGAACUUCUACAGGUGAAAGGAAAGUACCUUGUGAAUGAAAGCUGCCUCCUCAAGUUGUGUGCCCAUAAAUGCCCAUCCUGUGAAGGUAAACUUCAGAUAAAGAAGGCCACGUAUGGGACACUGAUUGCUUUAAACCAGCGAUGCCUGAAGUGUGACUUCAGUAACCAGUGGAAAAGUCAAGUCAAUGCUGACAUUCCAACAGCUGAACAUAGAAACCUGACAGGAGGCCGAGAAGUAACUCCGGAGAUCCAACAGGAGGUGCCAGCAGAUGAGGACCCCAGCAGUGCAGUUUUGUCUGAUGUAACUCUUAGUGAGAAAGAAAAUGAUCCUUCAGAUGAUGAAGAGGAGGACGAUGAAGGUGAGGACAAUUCAGAUGGGGAGUGGAAUCCAAAAGAGGAAUUUUCAGUGAAUCAAGAGCUCGUUAAGGACUCGGAGGAUGAAACUGAAGAUGAAGGCGAAAAUUUUGAUUCCGCGAGUGGCCUCAAAAUAAAUGAGCUCUGCACAGAGUGCGGAAGUUUCUUCAAUAUCAUGAAGUCUCACACAUGUGAGCACAAAAUAAAGCCCUAUUCCUGCAAUAUUUGUGGCAAAAGAUGUGUGACCGAGUUAUCGUUAAAAAAGCAUAGCAAAAUUCACGAUGAAACCUAUGAACAUCCUUGCAGAUUUUGUUACGUUACCUUCAAAACCAGGGUGGACAAACUUAAACAUGAGCAGAGCCACCAAGACAGAAAAGAUCCGUAUAAAUGUCCAGACUGUCCAGAAACAUUUCCCACCAGUAAAAAACGCAGAGCCCACCUGGCAAACCACAGAGACCCAAAGGUGUUCAAAUGUGGAGUUUGUGAGAUUGACUUUAAGGAUGUGCAUCAUCUUCAGAGACACUCUGUUGUACACACAGGACUCAAACCUUACAAAUGCUCGGUGUGCCAGCGUGGCUUCAACCAGCAGAGUCACCUGAAAUCCCACAUGCGUCUGCACACAGGGGAGAGACCUUACAAGUGUCAACACUGUGAUAAAAGCUUCAAUCACAACGUGAGCUUGAAGAGUCACAUCCAGCGUUACCACACAUCCAGCUCUGGACAUGAGCGGAGGAAGGGGAAGGCGGAUAGAAGGGAAAAUGUUACUGGUGAUGCUGAAGGCAAUGGGAAUAAGAGAGACACAGACUCUGAGUUUGACAGGUUAGACAAAGAACAAGAAACAGAAGAGAGGGUGCAGAAAAAAGGAGCAAAUAAGCCAAAAAAUAAAAGGAGGAGCACAGGUAGACCUGUAGGAAGGCCUAAGAGAUAUGCUGAAAGUAACUUGGCAGAGGAAGUGAAACGCCAAACUUCAAACCCUAAAACAUCAAAAUCAAAGGUGCAGAAAUUAAAGAAAACAGGUUCCAGCGAUGAGGAAAGUGAGCAUGAGCAAUCAGACAGCGACUUAUCCUUUGGCACCAGCAGAAGAGGAGGCGGAGACAGCAAAGAGGAAGAACACUGCAAGCUCUAAAAGAAAAGCAAAACAUAGCAGAGACUCUGAUUUUGACCCAGGAGAAGAAACAAAGAAACAGAGGUGCAGCAGCCGGAACAGUGGUAAGAGCUCAGAGAAACGUAGAGGAAGACCAAAGCAGAAUGUGGUGGUCUGAAGUCUUUAAACACACUGAGCUGAUGAAUUCAUUUGGUGAGAUCAGUUGUGAAAACAAAAGGAUCCCUAAAGAUUGGAGGGCUUUACAGAGCUGUACUGAUAUCUCUUAGUAGAUACAUUGAAACAAAUCCUAGUAUGAGAAACAAAACAUUCACGUCGGACAGCGUCUGUCUGAACAGAACCGUCUUCCUCUGUUAAACAUCAUGUUGUUUGAUCUUCACAUAUGUUUAAUCUUGUUCACUGAUGUGUAGACUGGAAUCUAGUUGGGAAAAAAACUGAGUGGGGCUGCUAUUACAGUGGGGUUUAUUUGAAUUUGUCUGAAUUCUUUUUUAAGAAAAGUCAGUAUUUGUUCAGAAUCACUGGGAAGCUAUUGAACUUGAUAAAUCGUCUGUGAUAAUUUGAUUUCACUAUAAAUGGGCCCAGUCACGAAAUUACAAGUCAAUUUAAUAGUAAUACAAAUGCCAGUUUCAAGUUAAAAACUGUCUACCUAGCUCUAGCUCUAUAAAGGUACAGAAUUAAACCUGUGAUUUAAAGUGCUACUAUGGACUAUUUAGAGCCAUCUGUUUGCAGAAAUGGAAUAUUGUAUACGUACAUAUAGUAUUACAUUUUUUUAUUAGUGUAUAAUCACUAGUAGCUAUGAAUCAUGUUUUCCUUAGCUUCUAAGGAGCCCUUUAUAUCUACAGAUAGAGCAGGACCCCUUCCAUGGAGUUGCAUCACCAUUUUUCUACAAUAAAUGGGAAUGGGUUUUGAACUGAUGAUGUUUAUUUACAUUGUGGUAGGUUUGACGUUACCAUUUCAUUGUGAGUUUGGAGUUUUGGCUCCUUGCUUGUUUGAGCUUCAGUGACAGCUAAAAUGCCUCAGAGGUUUUAAAAUUUUUAAAGAUCACCAUUGUUUUUGUAUUGUUUUAGCCAUUAGUUACAGAGAGAUCAGCUACAUGACUGCUGGCUAAUGAGAUUUAUUGGAUUUCUUUGCAAAUAGUCAUUGCUUGCAAUUCUGCUAAAGUAAAAAAGAUGGUGAAAUGCAGUUUAGUAAAGAAGGCUACCAAUCUCUCUACUGGUUAAUUGGCUCACUAUAUAGUUGCAAGUAAUGAAAAAUAUAUGCAAUUUGAUAGAAAGCAUAAUUACCUAGAGUGGGUUGAUGACAGACUUUUGCACAUGAAAAAUGUAAAUAUAAAUGUGUCUAUCUUUUACAUUGGAUGUCUGCUGUCUUCACCUUUUGAACUCCAAAUCAGACAACAGGAUGCCUGCCAGACUAUAAUAGAACUGUUGUGUGUUUAGUACAAUUGAACAGUGGCUUUUUCACACUACCUUACAACGUCUGAAUUUAAAUUGCAUCGGUGUAUCUGCGUUCAGAGUUCCCACUUUGAUCAAAAUCCUGAAUGAAUCCCCCUGCUUAUAUGUUUAUCCUCUUUCUCUCUCUCAGUCUGUAUGCCAGCGUUAAAGCAUUCUUCCAGGCCCUCCAAGUUUUUUUUUUUGUAAUAAGUUAGAAAAAAUUCUGUAGCUUUUCUCUCUGGGAAUCAGCCCGCCUGUUGCUGGCUAAGCCAAAGGCUGCUUUGUGGAUUAGAGCUGCUGAUGGUUGGCAGAUCUAAAUGUGGCCUCUGUUUGGAGAACUUAUCUGAAAGAAUUUGUUUUAAAAAUGUGGCUGAGCUCCAAACCUUUGUACUUCAUGGAUGCACUGGUGAGGCAAUAAAUAAGGUUUGGGUGUGUCAGGGCACAAAAAGCUGCUAUGUAAGCAGUUAUGUGUAUCAGAAACUUGAUGUUUGGUGUAAAUUAUCAUUAGUUGUAUUAGGUUUAAGUAAAAGUAAGAAGAAUCAGUCAAAAUGUAAAUAAAAAAGUAACCUAUUUAGUCCAAAUUGUGUCAUAAUUCAUUUGGAAAUUUGACAAGUAGCAUAACAGAAUUCUUAAUUACGUUUGCCUAUUCUCAAAGUUGGCUCAUUAUGCAUAAAUUUACUUGCCAAGUUAUGUAUUCACACAGGCCCAGUGAUCUGAAUGGAAGACAAUACGAUCAAAUACGUCAGUAAAUCAAUCAGGCUUCUUAAGUCAGCACUUAAAAAUAAAACAAAGUGUUGGAUACAAACUGUAAUGUAGCUGUUUAAUACAUUAAUAACCUAGAUUAAUGAGAAGAGUGAAUAAAACAUUUUUUUGGUCAAUUUUUGGAUGUGUUUAUUAGUUUCCGCAGUGAAAUUUAACAUUAUUAAUCCACAUUGUCACAUUUUACAGUUACCUUUUCUUUCAUUCCUCCAGUUUUUAGCACUUUACAUCUAAGGAUCUUGUCUGUUUUUAACAUAGACAAUAGAAACCUGAACAUUUUGGGGUUUAAAAUAAUUAUUGGAUAAAACACUGAGUUUUAAGACAAAACCUUUAGCUUUACACUGUUCACUUUGGCUAUGUUUUGCAAUUUUUGAAGACAAAUAAUGUUAAUUGUCACAUUAAUGAAGAAUUUGUUUUGCCUCUUAACCGAGGUUCGACCACUGCUCUGCUAUUGCCAAGAAAACCACUAGAUGUCAUCCUUGUGCUACAGAUACUUAGUUUCCAGAGUAUUUCCACCACAUCAUCCAUACACCGUAAUUGCUAUGGUAACUGUUCUUGAUGCUGCAGUACCUGAGUUGGCCAGUUGAGUGAAACUGAGCUCUGCCUUCUUCUCUACAUUUUCCUCUGUUCUUUUCCACCUCUCUCUCUUUCCAUCUCUUCUCUCAUCCUCUUUCCUGUAAACCAGUGUAUUCUCCUCUCCCACACCACUCUCCAUAGGUAGACACCUGCUCUUGCAGAUAUCAAAAAGCCACACCUCAAAGAGCACAAGAGUAUUAUACAGGAGCUGCGAUGCCCUUGUCAGACUGAGCUGCUGAGGCUUGCAAAAUUCAUGCACCCUGUGAUUUACAACGUCACAAGGACAUCAUAGCAGUUAUUUACUGUUUUGUUUUUGUUCUGUGUUUUUAUUCGGCCUCUCUUUCCAGAUCUGUUUUCUGUCUUACAUCCAUGGUGCUGUUUGUCUGCCUCUAAACCCCUCUCUCCAUCUCUGCCUCCCUCUCUGGGUGUAAAGACUCGAAGCUGGUCUUCUUAAAAUGUCAGUUAAAUAAUCGGAGCCGCUCUCCUUUGACUGAAGACUAGAUUGAUGCUUUGAGGCCGACUUGAGAUGAAGAGUGCAUCAUGGAGAAAAUAACUGUUUUGGCAUGUUGGCACCAUGAGUGUGACGAUCAUAUUUAUUUGGCACGCGAAUUUACUCAGUACUGGGCAAUGCGAUAGUUCUAUGAAGUCGUUUUACAGCAAACCAGAGCGAGACAUGAAGAUUAGGAGACAGAAGUGAAAUAAUAUGAGCUGAGAUUAGAAUUUAAGGAGCAUAUCCACAAGCAGCUAGAGCCAGCAUUCAACUUUUUUGCGUUUAUGGUUUUCGUAUUUGCUUAGCAAAUCACAUUUGAAAAUGGGUUUCCCCACACAGAAACUCAAAUGCCAUAAGCCAGACAGAUAGCAAUCCACCUGGGCCGGAUGACAUUUUCUCGCUUACCAAUUCCCAGACAACAUUACUUGGUUGUUUAUUGAAAUGCACUUGGCCUUUGGACUGUUCCCAUUUUCUGUCUUGUGCUGUCUGAGUUUUAAUAUGCAGUGCAAUCCCGCUGUUUGGUCAUAAACUUUCUGGCCCCUUAAAACUCUCGGUCCAAGUGGGAACUUUUAAAAGCUUUAAGCACCAUAUUCAAAUUGGCAACUUGGUUGUGAGUGGGAAUGAUUGCAUGUAAUGAUAUUUGAUUACACUUAAUUUUGCCCGCGAUAUGCUUGUUGACAUUCUUGCCAAGAGUUAGAGAAGAAGAUGGAAGUCACUUUCAUGUCUGUGCAGUAAAUAUGAAGAUGGACCGACAGCCAGCUAGUGUGAUACCAAGACCGGAAACAGGUUGAUGCACAACUUUCAGCACCUGUAAUGGCUCACUAAUUUACAAGCUAUACGCUGUUUUGUUGAACCUGCCAAAAAAAAAAAAAAAGUUUUGUGUUUUACUGGCACUGGUAUGUUUCUGUUGACGACUUGUGAGGAUUAUCUUUGCAAAAAUAUUUACAGAUAGACAUCAGAACAUUAUUUUUUGAUACAACUUGCUUUUCUGUCACAAGUCUGUUUUCGUUUCCCCAAGUGGAAUGCAUGGAAGAUGUGUGUCGAACAUGAAUGAGUGUGUGCAUGCUAAUUGAAGUGUGCAAGAUGGUGACUGGCGGAGCAAUAGGCUACUUGCAGAUAAUUGGCUCCUGGCCAAUCAUAGCCCUCAAUAUAAGGAGCCAAGAUGGCUCUCCAACAGUGCUGGAGAUUCACUCACCUCCCUCCCCUUCCAACCAGUCACACUUGUACUCUGCAUAUCCACCUGCAGCUUUUGCCAUGAGAAUGAGAUGCAGAUUUGUUCCUCUUGUGGAUUUUGUGUUGAUCAACCACCGUUUCUUUUGAACUUGUUUCUCCUGUUUAUGCUAGACGGAAAGAUACAGUAUUAUGGAUUGCUGAUUUUGAUGAGGCUGUGUUGGUUAUGUUGUCUAGAUAGAUUUGUUUGUUUCUUUGGCUUACCCUGGAGCUAAAUCCAACUCCUCUGUUCAACAUUGUCAAUACACAAGUUGUUUGUCUGCGAGGGACCUGAGCUGUAUUACAAGCAAGUUUGACAUAGUCAAGCUUUCUUUGUUUUAGCUGACUUCACAAAACCCAAAGCCCAAUCAGAGAUACUGUGUAUCACAAUGUACAGUGGUCCUUUUUUGUUUACCAGGUUUUCUUCAUCAGGCAAUGAGUGCACUCCCAUAAACGGGCUGCUUGAUGCGUCAUUUGACUCUUCUUCUGCACAAAAAGUAGUGAUGCCGUCCUGCUUACUUAAAUCAUGAGAAUGUUAUGAUGAGGAGCAUAUAAUAUGAUAUGCAAAAAACAGUGUUAUUGCAGAAAGGGCACAAGAGGUAAGCUGGUAGGAAUUUGUUAAUCAUGUAACUUAAGAUAUCUUUUUCACCACUUCAUUUACCUUCAGUGUAGCCGCUUAUUUCUAUCAUGACAGCUGCACAUUGGAGCUCUUAAGCUUUAAACUUCCUAUUUUUAAACAUGAUACUCAACGAGUGCAUUUAGAUCUGACACUAUCCCACAAUGAAGGACAUAUGGAAAGCCCUUCAGUUUUUGGUCAAAUCAGAGUAAAAUAAAUGUUAUUGAUUGAAAUACAAAUAGACUAAUGCGUUUCGCAAUAUUUGUGUUUUAUCACCUGCAAUACCAGCAUUGUAAAAUGGAUCAGGCAGCAAAUCGGGAUCGAGAAUGAAAAUAUGUUUAUGCAUUUUCUGCAUUACCAUCUAAACGCAUGUAGGUUCCUGUAGAACUGCAAUCCACACACUUUGUGAUCCGGUAACUGCACGGCUUCAUUUAGGGCACUUUCAUAUUCCUUCAGCUCAGAAUCUGUAUCACUCAUAGAGAAAGAACUGGUGAAAGGGUGGCACUUCUUACAGACGAUUUAAAUCCUAAGCUCUGAACAGAACCACCCUGGGAGCACGUUAGGAGUGCAGCAUUAGUUACCAUGGUGAUAUAUAGCUCUGGCUUCAGGCUUAGCAUAUCUAGUCUACUCAUUAAUCUCACUUCACAGUACAUCCCUCUGGGUAACCUUCAUGUCUUGUCUCAGCCACCUAUAUACAAAGUUUGACAUUUUGGGUGGAGGGGAAAACCAUAUCUGUUGACUUAUUUUAGCUCAAUACUUAGUUUUAAGACUGAAACCGAGGGGCUGGGAGGCAGAUUUUGUCACCUUGCUGACAACCAGUCUAGUUGUUUCCUCCACUUUCCAGUUUUCAUGCUAAUCGAAGCUAAUUGACAGCUGGCUGUAGCUUCAUAUUUAUUGUGCAGACGUAAGAGCAGGGUCAGGCUUUUUAUUGAAAUUGCCAAGAAGGUGAAUAAGUGCAUUUCACAAAACGUCAAACUAUUGCUUUAAUGGCAGAAUUAUCCACCUGAGAUGUCUAAAGAUCCCCAUUAAAUGUAAAAAGAGAAUGCUCUGCUGUGUGUCUGCGCAGGUUUUUUGUGCUGGCAUUUCCCUGUGUCGCUCUUUGCCUGUAAAGUUCCACAGCAGUGGUUUAUGUUGUCGUUCAUUGAUUCAGAAUGGCCUCCUUUUCUGCUGAAUUUCACUGAGAAGACAGAGUGCUGUCAUAGAGUAUUUAUCAAUCACACAGCAUUUGUGUUCUGCUAUUUAUCGCGGCCCCCUCCUUCUACCCCCCAUCUGUGCAGAAUUACCCCCAUAAACAGCGCAAUCACUCGUCUCCUGUUAUCCAGCCUGCUUGACUGGCACGUAUUAGUUUGCUUAUUCUGUCACAGCGGCAUUGUCAAUCCAGAACAGCAGGGACCGAGUAGUACGUCAAGGGUGUCAGAAAGUUUUCUCCCUGAUUUGGGAGAUGUGUUAGAUCUUAGUAAGAGACGAGCAUAAAGUUGAUGGCAGAGGGACCCAAAAAUCCAUACUAAUGUCAGUUUUUGAAUUUAUAUCCAGUUCCCAAUGGCACUCUGAAAUAUUUCAUAGCAUGCGUCAACUAUAGUAUUCACAGCAGAGAUAUAUGUGUCUAAAUGUAUGUGCGUGCAUCCAGCUCCCUUGCAACUGAAUGAACAGUCAUGGAAAAACAAAUGAUCAAACAUAUGGGACCAGAUUUCAUCUGCAGUAAUGGUAACAACACACUGAACACGAAUAAUGCAGCAAGAAGUAUUGAUAGCCAGCAACAGUCAACAGUUAUGCUGCCGUCUGCAGCUAAUUCUAUGUUUUAUCAAAUCUAUUUGCAUCCAUUGCUGUAGUUGAAGCGUUUAAUCAUACCAUGAUAAAGUUAAAUGUAAGACAACAGGCCUCUGAAUGUCUUCCACUCACAUGGAUAGCUGCACUGUCGAUGUUCUUCAGCUCCAAGUUUCCAGUGUAAAACUAAUGAUACCUGACAGAUAGUAUCAACAUACAGGAGCUGCAGCAUAUUGCAUUCCUUCAGCAUUCCUCUGCCUGUUGCUCACCUCAGCAGGGAUAAAACCCUCAGACACUAGCAGAUAAGAAAAUACGCUGAUACAGAAAAAAAAAACGCCGCAUUAGAGAUACUGAAAGAAUCAUUUUGUGACUUAUUCAUAAUGUAACAACAUUUACUACUCAGUGGCAUCCAUACUAAUGCAAUGUGGCUACGAGUGAAACAGAGAAUGAGAAAAGUCAUUUGAGUUACAACUCGUGCACAAUGCUGAGGUGAAUAAUGAUGCCCAGACUGCAGCGAUAUCUGGCAUAUAUCAGCUUUAAAGUGUGCUGACGUGCUGUCACUUAUUCAUGUGCAUUCCCAAUUUUAAAAGUUUUCUCACCCAAUUUACAAUGCAGGGACAGUACAGAUUGUCCCUCAGUCUCUAGUGAUACAAAAUGUAAGUAACUGGCAGCAAUGUAAUUAAAAUUUAAAUAAUAUUUACAUUAUUCCCUCAAUCCUGCUUCACACAUUUAUUUUCAGAGGAGGGGAAGAUAUUAUGAGUGAACACAAAAUCUCACAUCGGCUCCCUGCUCUCCUUCCCAUUACUGAGAUACAGUCAUUUGAAUCAAAAAUUUUAAUCAGCCUCCUUAAAUGUUAAUCACUUCAUUACUCACCAGCGCACAUGUGGAGUGGCAGUCCGUGGGAAAUCAGAGGUGACAGAAAACCCCAAGUGGGCUGUGACACUGGCAGCCGGAGACAGAGACACUUAUCUGUACUGUGUUCCUCCAAAUCGACACAGGCGUGUUACAUGUCGGCAUCCUCGCAGCAAAUUAAUACCUCCCCACAGGAUCCACAUACUGUACGUGCACAAACACUGCUGCAUGUCUGUUUGCAAGUGUUUUCUGAAACAUGAAUCCACUGGGGACAAUUCGGAUAGAGAUAUAGAUAUCUCACAUACCAGAAUGCUGUUUAUGUAUUUGUGUCUCCAGCUCCACAGACUAGAAAAAGCAUCAUAUUUUAAUCCAGACUGAAAUAUCUGGGGUGGCUUGCUGUAGAUUUUUGUACCGACAUUCCUGGUACCCAGAGGAUGACACCUACAGACGAGGUGAAUUUUCAUCUUGUGCCACCAUGAGGUUAGCUUUUUAGUUUUUUAGAGCCAUUAGUAUUUUAAGCUCCAUUCAGACUGGAUUUAUUUCCUGAGGGCAUGUGUGGUGAUUUUAUCAUUACCUACUUUGGUCAGUGAUUUUAAUUCCCUCUAAAGUGCAUAUGUGGUUAAUUUUUCACCCAGACCCCAGUAAUAAUUACAGUUACCUAUCAUUUUUCAGAAAGCUCGCCCGUUCUCUUGUAAUUUAAAUCCCUGCUUUCAUACAUUACAUUCUUUUUUAUGGGAACCAGCUCCUUGUUUCAGUCAACCCUGUCCUGUUUCUGUGGAAGGUGAGAUACAGAAUUACAGUAGCUCUCUCGGCAUACUGCGCUGCAUUGCUAAAACCCCUGCAUUCGCUGUUUUUUUCCUGACCUGAAGUGAUCAAAACAAGCUGCCAACACAAUCAACAGACCUCAGAAGUGGUAUCAUCUCUGAGCAUUCAUCUUUUUGAACUCCAUUCUCCCUCCAUUGAUUCUCCUGUCUCUCUUCUAUUUUAUGCCAGCUUAUUUGGAUGAUGCUUUGAUCCAACUUUACAGCACUGAAACUGAAUAUACCUUUUAUAUUCCUCAUUGGCUCCUCUACUCAAAACCUCCAUCAUUCUGUCUGUUCCACUCUGCACCCAGCUAUCAUAACUUACUCUCUUUGUACAUCUAUGUAUGCUUUCCUUGUCCCCCUCCUCACUCAUUCUGUAAUUGCCUCUGGCUCCUUUUCUUACUUCUUCUACCUGUUUUCACACAAUCCCAGUAUCCCUCCCCAUCUCUAUUAUUUUCUCUCUCUCUGGUUAUGUUUCUAUCCAUCAUUCCCCAUCUCAUGCAUCUCCGUCCCUCAUCCCUUCCUUCCAUACCACUGCUUUACUAGCCACACCAGAGGUAAUUGGAUUUGAUUGGAAAUAUAAAUAUAUAUAUAUAUUUGUUGGCUCCAAUGCUCUGAGGCAGCACAUGUUAUUCAGAUCAAGCAUCUGUGUGUAUCUCUCUCUGUGUGUGUGUGUGUGUGUGUGUGAGAGAGAAAGAGCAUACCGGCUGCAGAUCACCUCGCAAUUCGGAGGUCAUAAGAAGGAUACACCAUGGGAAUCAUGAAUAUGUAUAAAAUAUCAUUUGCUUUCAAAGAAGGGGUUGUCAGGCUAAAUACCACCGCUGAGUACAGAUAACAGUGGAUAAAGUGUCAGGGUUAUCUUUCCAUCUCAUUGCAGCCGCUCAAACACACCCUGUGCAUGCUAACUUCCAAAAAAUAUAAUAGAAAUUCUACUGCUGCCCUCACUCUACUGGUAUUACCACUAUAUUCUCAUAAUAGAGGUCAACAGUAUUUGAACAUGCAGGGAUAGGACUACUCUACAGAAAUGUUUAAUGUAACCCUCUGAAUAUUUUUGAUUUGGAGGGUAAGGAAAUAGACCUUCCCUAGGGAAUGUUAGUCCUUCAUUGACAAUUUUAUAAAAGUCUGAAGAUGUACAUAUUUUAAACUGGUUUUAGCUGCUUGUAAUAGUCCUAACAUUUUAGCAUUUUAUAUUUAUUUUAGGUCAAUAGUAAUUUUACAUGUCUGUCGGCUAUCAUGUGCAGGACUUUGAGCAACUCAGGUUGUGUUAAAAUGUGCCAUAUAAGUGGACUUGAUUUGACUUGAUGGGGCAAUAUUGCUGUAAAUAACAAUAUGAGUUGUGCAGAAGAUUAAAGUGGUAAAAAUAGUUAGCAACUGUUAAAAUUGUCCAUUUGCGAUAGUUUUCCAUUUCCUAAAGCUGCCUGUGUAUCAUGACCUGAAUGUUUGUAGUAGUCCUGAGCAAUAUGAGGAGCCUGAAAAUUAUUUGCUCCUAGAUGACACAUUUUAAAAGUCCAUGGGUCGUUUCUUUGCAAUGAACCCCCCAGUGAAGUCAUGGCGAUGACCUCACAGCAUAGAUACGGCCGUCCCACUGUGUAGAGAGCGCGAGAGAGGAGCGUGAUACAUCAGGCACAUUAUGGUGUCGGUAGCUGCAACUCUAUCAACUUACAGUGCCAUUAAACCAAGGACAAAGUGCACAUUCUCCUCAGUGAAGUCCAUUCACAGAUCAUAUAAAAGGAUAUAUGGUGUGUGUAAUGGUGUUUGAUAAGCACUCUAAAAUGAUUAUCAUUGGCCCUACAUGACCUUGUUGGCAUAACACUGAUUUUCAAAGCACAUGUCUUGGAUGAAGUUGUGAUGCAGAGCUGCGUUUUGUUUUUUUCAAAAAGAGUAAGCUUGGAAAAGUUAAGUUCAAAUUAUUUAUGAUGCCCUGAUGCCGAAGGAGCAACAAGUUUAAAGGUUGUAAAGUUAAUGUAUCUUAUGCUACACACGCUGUAUGAACCGCAUGGCCUUUAUAUCUCAAGAACCCGUGUUUCACUGUCCCAGUUCUCCAGUAGUGUUGCAAGCAAUACUUUGCUUGAAUGUUUUGCAUGAACAGCACAUAGCUUCCAGUGGCAUAAAAAUACUCUUAAAACCUGCAUCUGUUGUGCAUAAAAGAAAAAAUGUAAAGAGAGAGACAGUACAGAUUCCAGACAGCAUCAUGGUCAGUUAAGGUCUACUUCUAUGACCAGAAUAUUCAGCUUGAAUGGGUUAGUUAGACCUUGAGUAAGGAUGUAGGAUGUUUCAAGGUUAUCAGUGAAUCAUUUUAUUACACACUGGAGCUGAAAAAGUAACUUCCUGCAGGUUGCUGCAGGAAGAAAUUACUAAAGUAAUGUUGAAGUUCUUUCAGGCAGCAAAACAGAGUUGUCAUGGAAGGCCUUGGUCAUUGUAAACCUUAUAUUACAUAUUAAACAAUAUAUUAUACCAUGCUUGGUUGGUCAUUUCAAAUGUCAACAUCUAUUGUAACUGCCAUUAAAGUAGUGUACAAGAAUUUGUGGUUUAGAAUGAAAAUUCACAUCAACUAUUGGAUGGAUUGUCUUGAAAACUGACCCCCUCAGUGUGAUUUGCAAUAAUGCAGAUGAUCCCAUCAUUAGGUCAAAUAAUGAACAUAAAGCAUGUGAUGUGGAGCAAGACUGAUGGCUUUGGGAGGUAUGUUGAGCCUAAAGUUCGACUUUUCACUGCUGGGAAGGUGGCUCUCUUUUAACCUGCUAGAUCGUUGCUGCACAGCUAACCUGCCCUGGAGGAGGUUUUGCUCAGAGUUUCAGAUUUAAAUCAGCUGUAAGCAGCACCACCCUGUCACCAACUCUUUUCCUGAUGAUAUUUUCUAUUAGGGGAUGCAGAUUCUGAGCUGAAGGAAACAUCUGUAGAGCUGUACGCUAGUGAUGCCAAUGAAAGGAGCCAUGCAGUUUCAGCAGAGCAACCUGUAUGCAUUACAUGUCCAUGGGAACCUUCAUGCAUUCAGCUGGUGAUGCAGGAAAUGCAAAGGUUGAUGUGCUGCCAAAUCUGUUGUAUGCUGCUGGCAUUGCAGCUAAUAGAGCACAGAUUAGAAAAUUGAUUAGUCUAUUUUGUUUGUCACAAAUAGUACUCAGUCAAUACUAUUAAUUUCUCUUUGAUUUGGCCAAAACUGAAGUGGUUUCCUCAUAUCCUUCAUCAUGUCAGACCUAAAUGCCCUUCUUCAAUAUCAUGUUUAAAUGGAGGAAGCUUAAAGUUUAAUGGCUCUAAUGUGCCGUUCUCAUGUUAGAAAUGAGUGGUUGCAUUGAAAGUGCACUUAAUGAUGAAAUAAAUAUAUUAAUUUACACAAUUAAUGAUUUCCUACCAGCAUUACUCUCUUGCCCUAUUUGCAGUAACAGUGCUAUUUACUCUAAUGAAUGUUUUCUGUAUUUCACAGCUUUCCAUCAUAACAACUUGUUCCUCUCAAAUAAAGUAGGCUGCACACUAUCGGUUCAUUUUGUGCAAAAGAAGAGUCAAAUAAUGCAUCCAAUCUGUCAUUUAAGUAAAGUGUGCACAGAGCCUGAUGAAGAAAAGCUUGUUAACAAAGAAUAUCUGUUUAUCUCUGAUGGGAGUUUUAGGUUUUGUCAUGCUGGCUAACAUUCAGAAAGACCCUGGCUAUGUCAAACUUGCUACCUAGUUUCCUUGAUGUGUCAACCUGGCACCAACUCCUAAUCUGGUUUAUUGUAAAUAGUUGCUCAAACAAAGAAGACGCAGGCUGAUUUCACAGCUCUACACCCUCAGUACUACAGAUUUAACAGAAUUUGAACCAAACAAUGCACUCCUCUGAAACAUUAUGAUUGAAAGCCCGGAAUACACUGCUGAGUGAUGAAACACCUUGUAACCCUCUCUGAAACGUAUUUACAUAUUUAACCACUCACAGGACCUGCUUAAUAAAGUGCAGCUUGUCAGCAUUUUGCACAUCCAUCCCUUCAGGUCUGAGUAGUAAAAUGCAUUAUUUUUCACAUCUUGACUUCACUUCUGUCCCUUUGGACAAUACAUCACAACCUGUACACAAAACAGCUCGGAGACAAAAGAAAAAAAAAACAAGCUGUUACAUUCACAGUUAGAGUCCCAAAUGACAGACAUUGCGUCAAAAUGGCCGUCCCAUAUGGCAUGCGAGUAUUGCAUCAAUUUCUCCUGCCUCAAACAUCAUCCUUCAACAACACCCCGACACACAGGUAGGAAUACAAGUUCAGGCUAGAGAGGUGAGAGCAGAGAGGAGGGGGAGGAGGGACAGUGUUUGAGAAUAACUGAGAGAGGAGGAGGAGGAGGAGGGUGAAAAAAAAUGAAGCUGUGUUUGAAAUUAUAAUUUAGUUCUUGCCACACAUUGAGCAGUGCUGAGCCUGGAGCCUGGAGCUCAGCACAGCUCACAGUUUACUAUUUGUUACACUCUCUCUCUGUCUCUCUUAUUACAGGGCUCUUAUGAUAAAUCCUGAAGGUAAAUCCCUGUCUAUUAAACCAGCCUCUAACAUUCCCUAUGAAACCUGCAUGUGUGUGAAAGUCCUGCUGAUGGGGCUGCUAGUUGUAGCCAGUGCAUUUAUACAUGUGGACGUUUAUCAUUAAUCUGUGUGUGUUGCAGUGAACUAUAUACUUUCUGAGCCUGGUUUAUAUCCUCUAUAGUAUCACUAGAGGGGACACAUUUUGAUAAGAAGCGCUUUUUUUGGUUUAAUUUUAGAUUAUGCACAUUGUUGGGGGCGGAGUGAAUGAUCCCUGACAAGUUGAAAACUACUAGUGGGGUUUCGUAACUGACAAAAAAAAAUGCUAAGUGGAUUAAGAGCUUGUUAUCGUGAAGGAGGAGAGAGCAGACGGGCAAAAUUAAUACAUUUUAAAAUUCUACUUGGAUUCAGCUUCCCAUGAAGUCAGGAUGGGAAAUAAAAUCUAUCUCACUCUCUCACUUUUAAACCCUUUCUUUGGCUGCGGUGCAUCCUCCAGGAAUAUCUGAGAUUUAUGUUGAGACGCUGCCUGGGGCCAAGUAUUAACUAUAUAGUACGUCAGUCAGGGAGUGAAACAUCACAGGUUUUUCUGUGGAGAAUGAGAAGAAAGUGGAAAAGAAGAAGCAUGAAGAAGGGAUGGAGAGAAAAAAUGAAAGAGAGAGAAAAAGAGUGUAUGCCUCAUCUCCAUUACAUCUCAUUAUCUUUAGCCGAAGGUCCCUUCAGGACACACACUCACACACAUCCAUGCCCACUAAUGCAGGCACUGUUACAGUAGCGCCACUGUAGCUGGACAUGAAGAUUGAUGGGCUUCUUUCUAAAUUCCAGGGAGGUGCCAGGGGCAUUUAGGGCAGACAUAGUCUUUCUGCAUCUCUGUCACAUGCACACUCAGACUUUUCUCUAGCAGCUCCAUUACCUUAAUGGUGAUACUCUGAGGAGAGAGGAGAGCAGGGAGACGGCGAAGAGGGAAACAAAGAGAAGUAGUUCUUUGCACAGUUAAGAGAGGAGAACCAAGGUCAGGCCUGAGCAUUUUAUUUCAUGAUCAUUUGCUGUCCUUUAGAGAGUUUCAUGAUCCUAUUAGUACUUUAGGUCAUCCAUGUAAGACCCUGAAAAGUUGUACACGGAGUUAACGUGACUCUCCAUCCUCAUGUACCAGGGGAGAAAUGUGCCCUCAGCCUAGAGUCACGACUAUCUGUGAGUCUAAUGGUGAAAAGACAGCAAGAGGCUCAAGAGUUCGUCCUCUUAGUUCAACCAUUAAUAAUCUUUAUGUGACCCCUUGAUAAAUAAUAAUAUGAAUUUAUUUAAUAAU